CAGGCAAUGAUUCGUUAUCCGGGGACUGUUAAGGGUAGGUGAGGGUGACAUUAAACGUCGUUAAUAAAACAGUAGGUUUAAUGUACAACAGGGUUCCAAGGAAGUAUUUGACAGUGUUGUUGCUUCACAGCAGGUAUGUCGAAUGCGAAUGGACCCACAUGUCCCGAGAACAUUUGUGAUGCAUGUGUUCAGUUGAAGAGAAGGCGUCAUGACAUAAAGAGUAGUAAGUGGAUUAAAUCACUCUGACCGACGAAAUUGAGACCCACUUCUGUCAUAGAUGUGCAGAUAAGGAAGUGGUACCUAUUCAAGGAAAGGACACUACCAGUUGUUCUUAUUCUGUGCUGUAGUGAAGCUCCAGAUCUGCCUUUUCAAGCAAUUGUGACAAUCGGAUGUCGAUAAAUUGAUCGGUAAAGUUAACCAAGGACACGAAUGGCGCAAAAUGCCUCAGGACAUGAUAAUGGUAUCUGUCUUUAAGUAACGUCAAAACCAACGACAAUGGUGUGUAUACCGCCUCGCGAAGUCAACGUGAGCGGCAUCCUUUAUCCCAACACGCCUAAGGUAUUGCCGACGUGGGAGAUUGUUGUAAAAUGUACCGUUUGUGGAUGUGUGGAACUUGUGGCUUUGUUUGGUAACAUUCUUGUUAUUUCCAUCGUUGCCCAGUCACGGAAGAUGCGGACGACAACCAACUUCUACAUCACCAACCUCGCCAUCUCCGACCUUUUUGUGGCAUGCAUCCCCUUCUGGAUACACCUUGUGAACGACGUCACUGACGGAUGGUUUCUUGGCGAAUUUCUCUGCAAGUUUAACGCUUUCGUACAAAUCACAGCCAUGUGUGCGAGCGUCUUUACCUUGAUGGCCAUUGCUGGGGAUCGCUUCUUCGCCAUCAUCUUUCCACUGAAGUCUCGCGUGACACAACGUAAGGUGAGCGUGGUAAUCGUUCUGGUUUGGCUGUCAUCAGCUGCAAUUGGCAUACCAUCACUGUUGGUGUACACGUAUAACGAACGUCACUGGAAGAACCAUCUUGAGAGGUUCUGUACCGACGUCUGGCCAGUGCAGGAAACAUCCGACGGCGUGUGUGACAACGGUUUAACCUCAAAGCGCGCCUACUGGACCCUUGUGGUUGUCGUCCUCAACUGGGUACCCAUGAUCGUCAUGACAAUAGCCUACACGGUCAUUGUCCUCAAGCUCAGAUUCAACAGGAUUGUCCCCAGUUCAGGAGAACUGUCGCUGUCAGCCAUUCAGCAAAGGUCUAAGAGAAAGGUUGUGAAGAUGUUGUUCUCGGUUCUCAUUGUCUUCAUGGUGUGCACCAUUCCAUUCCAAGUCUCCAAGCUGUUUGAGCUAUACAGAGAUGAUCAGGAGGAGAGGCUCCCAGACUGGUAUAGUCCCUUAUACUUCUCCGCUAUCAUCAUGAUGUACACCAACAGCGCUAUCAAUCCUGUUCUGUACGGCGGGCUUAAUGAGAACUUCCGGAAUGGCUUCAGAGAUCUCAUUAACGCCAUACUGAACCGGAAGUCUCACAGUCACAAGGCCUUGCUAAAUGCACUCUGGACCAGCAACAGGUCACGUGUGGUUGUUGAUGAGCUUGGCACUAAACCUGAAAUGGACCAUCUACAAGUACCGACGGUGGCAAUGUCGUACAUCAAUCCGUCUGUUGACGUUUCUGGAGAAGAGCCGUCAAGGACAGCGGAUAGGGCUACACGUCAGUGUAGCAACAGUUCGGGGACUUGAAAGGUCUUUUGAUAUAUCCUUGGCUACAUCUGAUGUGAGUAACGAGGGAACUGUCUUACUUCAGAAUGUCCACUUUGAGUUGUUCCGAUAGGGACCGACCAUUGAAUAAUCUAGGGUGACUCAAUAUUUUCUGCCUGCGUUUAAGACAUACCAUCGUCUUUUUUUCUCUGAAAGGAUGAGCAAAAUAAAAACCCACAACAGAAUAUUUUUCAGUACAUCCAGCAUGUCAAGUGAACAAUUUAGCUAAUUUGUAACAUCUGAGGAAAAGUAUACAUUUUUUCCUGUAUUUUAAAAAAUGAAAACCGCAUCCCCACUCAACAGGUCGGUCAAUCAGCAUGCUGACAUUGAUUACAAAAAUACUUAUGUUUGUGAAUG